AUGGCAGAUUUACACGGCAAUGCUGAUCAAGACAAUGACCCUCUGCACAGAAAACCAUCUUUAUUGGAUGAUGAUGACUGGGUGGAUGCUGCCGAUCACAUCUCAUAUUCUCAAGAUGAACCACAAACGCUGGUUGCUGCUAUCGACUUUUAUGGCAUUUUAAAUGUUGAUAGAAAGGCAACGGAUGACGAUAUCAAGAGCUCAUACAAGAGGUUAUGCAUUACUUUUCAUCCAGAUAAAUACAUGGACAGCAAGGAAAAGAUGGCUGCACAACGCAAGUUUCAGAGCGUUCAGAGAGCUUAUGAUGUUCUUAGCGAUCCCAACAAACGCCAUAUAUACAAUCUUUACGGAGAAGUUGCUGUUGACCAGUCUUGGGAGCUCGGACCUAAACUAAAAACUCCAGAGGAGAUUGAGCAGGAAUUUGUGCGACAGGCUCGUAUAAAACAGACUUUGGAAACUAUGCGUUUGGCGCAGUCUCGCGGCGAGAUUGUCUUGACAUUGGAUGCAACUUCGUAUUUUCAAUCUCUCCAGUUAGAUAAGCAACGUUUUCGUGGUUCUCAUUUGGGAUUGUCUGUUGCGGAAACUCGUUCUUUUCGUGACUUGUUAGUACUUCCCGAAGUUCAACAGGCCACCGUAUCACACGAAUGGGAGACACAACUUUCAUCACAGACAGACUUGGUUUUAAGUGGAAAGGCUCAUGCUCAUAAUGGCGUAGGCAAUGGAAGCAUUCGUGCUGUUGUUCGGCACGCUAUAUCUUCACAACUUCAAGGAGAGGUAUCUGUAAAUCUCUCACAACACUCUUCUGUAGAAUUAAAAGCUGUUAGGACCUUUUUUUCCAACGUCUCUGUUACAGCUCACGGUGUAUUUAAUUCUGUCUACUCCCCACCUAAUUUGACUAUUGAUAUUGGAAGAAAAAUUGCACCAAACUACACUGGAUUCAUCACCUAUCGGCCAGGUCUCUUUCGCCUUGGAUCAUGGGGACUUUCUGAUCCUCAGCUUCUUGGCCAUAGCUCGUCUACUAUUGGUAUUGUUCACAAUGAUCAAAGGAAAAGCUGGACUUGCUUGGUUCAUGCAGGUAUCAUGGAGUCAAAUGUAUUGCUUUCCUAUACACUUCCUAUUGUUGGACAUAUUCGUGCACGUAUGGAUUUUUCUGCCUCAAGUUCUGGAGAUAUGGCUAUUGACAUUAGUGGUGCGCGCCGUAUUGAUCGCAACACACGAGUCAGUAUGGGAGUCAACUGCAGCAUUCAGCGUGGAGUUUUCUUGAAAUUUCGAGUGGUGAGACUGGGCCAGAAAUUCAGCAUUCCUAUUUAUUUGAGUCCGAGUCUAAACCUUAAACUUGCGUUUUUCGCCUUUUCAGUUCCUUUGCUCUCUGGGCUUGCCUUUGAUCGCUUAGUACUUAAUUCAUGGCGCAAGCAGCGUAGAUCUGCUGCGAUCCAACUGAUUUGCCAGCAAAAUGAAAGUAUUCUCAGAGAAAGACAUCUAGAUGCUCUUCAAGCUACAGAGCUUAUGCGUGAGUCGGUAGCUCGUCGUGUCGAAAUGGAGGAGUCGCACAAUGGACUGGUGAUUAUUCAGGCAUUAUAUGGAAAGCUUCCUCCAUCGGAACACUCCAAAGCCUCUAUUCUUUCAUCUCAUGGUAUUAAAGAUUUGGCUGCGUCCAUUCGAAAACAAAUUAGUUUUGUUUUAUCUGCAGAUGAAGCCAUUGUUGCCCAACAGCCCUUAUUGGAGUAUAUUGAUGUAACUAUCCCUGUUCAAGCGCUUGUUCAAAACAGUCAGCUUCACAUUAGUGCGGGAUACGCAAAGCACAAUAUCAUUGGCUUUUGGGAUCCAUGUCUGGGCAAAAAAAAACGGCUUCGCAUCACCUAUCAAUUUCAAGGGCGAGUUCAUCAAGUUGAAGUAGAUGACAAAGCUGCGGUUGCUGGCCCUUUGCGAGCACAUUUGAUUGAAUAGUCAUUCAAACCUGUUUUGAAUAUACUGGACGAUGAAUUACUUUUAAUCUCAAAUGCUGUUGCGUGUUUAACUUUGUAAUUACUUUAAUCUAUGUACAAGCAAGUACAGAAAUAGGGUAAUUUGGUAUGGGCAUACUCUAAAUAAACCACUGCUAUUCAACCGUAGCAGCUUUAGGUUUG